AUGGAUGGAACAAGGCUUGAUAUAGUGAAAGAAAUACUAUCUGGUAAUGGGAUUUCUCUUAAGGAGGAAAAGGGGAAUAUAGAAGAUUCUGCUAAGAUUCAAACAACCUAUAUCCGAAGACUUGAAAAUGACAUACACCUAGUGUCUUCGUUUAUUAACCAGGCUAACGUUUCAAUUGAAAAGCUAAUUUUAAAAACCAAAAAUACAUCACACGAAGAUCUGAUUUCUCUAAAAAAGGAUAUUAUUGCGCUAUCUGAUACAUAUGGAAGAUUACCAUAUUUGUCGGAUAAGAGCGAUGUUAUUGGAAUAGCCUCUGCAUCGUCAAUAAUUGAUAGUCUUAUUCAACAACAAACGGAAGCAAGUAUACAUUUGAACAAGAAAAAUGAAAUUGAUUCUUAUGAAAUAACGUCUAAGCAAGCUUUAGUUGAAGAAUAUAAACGGUUAUUACAGUUAAUAGAUCAAAAACACAUUACUGAACAAGAGAAGUUGGAAGAAAUUGACCAAAAGACUAGUGCUAUGGAGCUGGAUCCAAUAUCGAAAGGUCUGCAGAUAGGGGCGUUGAAUAUUAAACUAGAUGAAGCACGUCAGUCGGAAAAUUUGCUAUCCACAUACUUAAAACGAAUUAUCAUCAAAUACUUGGCGCUAAGUGAUUGGGAAUCACAACAGGUUAUAACAGAGGAGAAAUUGCAAGAAAAUGUAAAUGUGUGCAUAGAGUUGAUAGAUAAAUUAGUGGUAUCUUCAAUAAAUUCAACUGCCUGGGUUGAGAUUGAUCCUAAUGAAAUUGAGAGUAAAUUUAUCAACCACUUAUUAAUGAAUAAUACAAUAAUUUCAAGAGAUGACUCUACGAAAGAAAAAUUAUUUUUGCUGCUAAGAACUUUUGGAUCUGAAUUCUAG